AUGGAUAAAAUCUUGGAUAAAGCCAAGUUUUUGUGGUCGAAGACCAACCGUUUCCACAGAGUUAUUUUAAUAUUUCUACUUGUGGAGCUAAGAUUCAUACCCGGAGGCCAGUUUGGGUUCCGCUGUAAUGACCCUGCAUUAUCAUACCAAUUUAAUGGAGACACGAUCAGCUGGAAAUGGCUGAUGGUUGUUACGAUACUGCUACCCCUUGUUGUUAUGUUACUAACUGAACGCAAAUACCACAAUGUUGACAAACAACGGCCUAAGAAUAGAGCUCUCCGGUGGUAUAAAGAGUACAUGUAUGGAUUCGUACUUAAUCUGACUGUUGUGCAAGUUUUGAAGUUGAUAGUCGGUUCGCCGAGACCACAUUUCUUUGAUACUUGCAUGCCGAAGGAGGCUACGACUUGUCAAGACUCGGACUACGUCUCCAGCUACACUUGCACUAAAGCUCAUUGGAUGAAUCAGUCUGACCGCAGCUUUCCCUCAGGACACACCUCGCUGGCUCUGCAUGCUGCCUUGUUCAUCGUUUAUUACCUCCACAGACGCAGCAAACCACAUACACGAGCCAUCCGAGCCAUACAAACAGGCUGCAUGGCGUCUGCAGUGUACUGCGCUCUCUCGCGUAUGUCCGACCACCGGCACCACUGGUGGGACGUGCUGGCUGGCACAAUGAUCGGUUUUAUUAGUUUAUACUACACGACCAAACUAUGCAAGAACUUCGAGUGUCGCAAUACAAAAGCCGCUGAUAAAGAGAAGACGCUAGAGAAAGAGCAAGCAAGUGAAAUGAACAACGUAAAUGGCGGUGGCGAUGGUCCAAGUAUACCUAUUCUAGAAACCGUUGAUACUUAACCAAAAACUAUUGCCUAAAGUGAGUAUCGCAUAUUGCUUCCAAAUGUAGACAUGACAGUUUUUUCAAUUUCAUCAUAAAAGCAAUGUGAUUGUUACAAGCCAUGGUUGCAAAAAAUGUUC